AUGGCCUCCGCCGCCAAGCGCCUGGCUUUCCACGCCCGUGCGGCUCGCUCCUCUCCUCUGCGCAUAUCGCAACGAUGCCAGCGCGAUGCGCCCGCGCCGUGGCAGCCCCAGCGAUACUUCUCUAUCACCCCAGCUCCGCGCGCCAAGAAGGAUGAGGACGCCGACGGCGAGGGCGACAAGGAGGAGGCCGUUGAUCACCAAUUCGAGGAGCUGAAGCGCGUGCUGGGCGACGAUAUACCCACCAAGGGCCAGGCUCUGCACCAGAUUCUACAAGGCGUCGAUCCCGCCCUUCUGGCCGGCCAUGUCGAGAAACGAGAGAAUCGCCCGCGCGAAGGCUUCUGGAACGAGGGCGAACCCGACAUGGGCGAGGACGAGGAGUGGCAUGGAGACGACAUCACCUCGACUGGUCAUGCCGAGCUGGAGCAGCACCGCGAGAUCCGCGAGUACAUGCGCAUCGCCGCUUGGGAGAUGCCGCUGCUAGCGAAGUACGCAAAGCCCUUCCAGCCCCCGACCAGCGAAACCCCCCUCCGCUUCCGCUACACCACAUACAUGGGCGAGCACCAUCCCGCAGAGCGCAAGGUCGUUGUCGAGUUCAGCGUCCCCGAUCUCCCCAACCUUACCCAGGUCCAGCGUGACAAGCUCAUCAAGCUGGCCGGUCCCCGCUACAACCCCGACACUCAGGUUGUCAAGAUGAGCGCCGAGCACUUCGAGACUCAGGCCCAGAACAAGCGCUACUUGGGAGACGUCAUUCGCGACCUGCUCAACGAGGCCAGAAAUCCCAAAGACACCUUCGCUGAUGUGCCCUUCGAUUUCCGCCACCACAAGCCCAAGGUCUUCCACCACUUUCCCAAGGAGUGGGCCAUGACGCCCGAGCGCAAGAAGUACCUGGACCAGAGGCGGCAGGAGAGGCUCCAGAUCGACCAGCAGAGACAGGAAGAUGGCACACUAAUUGAUGGAAAUGCCGUGAUUGCCGAGUCUUUAUCAGUCCCCAUCUUCGAGACGCCCGAGCCGCUACAGGUGCAAUCGGGCAAGACUCCGUCCAAGAGAAAACAAACUUUCAACGUCAAGGCAUGA